GCCGCUCUGGCCAUCGUCACCCUCCUCAGCUUCGCCUCCCGCUUCCACCGCCUGCGGGAGCCGCCGCACGUAUGUUGGGAUGAAACUCAUUUUGGGAAGAUGGGAAGUUACUACAUUAAUCGGACCUUCUUCUUUGAUGUCCAUCCCCCUUUGGGGAAGAUGCUGAUUGGACUUGCUGGCUACCUUAGUGGAUAUGAUGGUACAUUUCCUUUCCAAAAGCCAGGGGAUCGAUAUGAGCAGCACAACUACGUAGGGAUGAGAGGGUUUUGUGCAUUUCUUGGCUCCUGCCUGGUUCCUUUUGCCUACCUCACAGUGUUGGAACUAUCAAAGUCACUGCCAGCAGCCUUACUCACGGCUUUCAUCCUUAUUUUUGAUACAGGCUGUAUUACAUUGUCCCAGUAUAUUCUGCUGGAUCCCAUUCUAAUGUUCUUUCUCAUGGGAGCUGUUCUGAGUAUGGUGAAAUGUAACAGCUGUGCAGACAGGCCAUUUUCUGCCUCCUGGUGGUUCUGGCUGAGUCUGACUGGUGUGAGCCUUGCUGGAGCAAUGGGGGUAAAAUUUGUUGGCCUUUUUGUAGUCCUCUUGGUUGGCUUGAACACAAUCUAUGACCUAUGGGACUUGCUGGGGAACCUCAGCCUGUCACUGGUGAUGUUUGGGAAGCAUUUACUGGCUCGUGUACUCUGCCUCAUCUUCCUCCCGCUUGCCCUCUACACGGCUAUGUUUGCUGUUCAUUUUGCAGUGUUAAAUAGAAGUGGUCCUGGGGAUGGUUUCUUCAGUUCAGCAUUUCAAUCUCAGCUGAUUGGGAACAAUCUUCAUAACGUCUCCGUUCCAGAGCAUUUGGCAUAUGGGUCAGUGGUGACGAUGAAGAACCUUCGGAUGGCAGGGGGAUACCUGCACUCCCACUGGCACCUCUAUCCCGAGGGUGUUGGGGCUCGCCAGCAGCAGGUCACUGCUUACUUACAUAAAGAUUUGAAUAACCUGUGGAUCAUAAAGAAACAUGACUCAGAUACAGCAGAUCUGUCUGACCCCUCAAGCCCUGUGGAGUUUGUGAGGCAUGGAGAUAUUAUUCGUCUGGAACAUAAAGAAACUUCUAGAAAUCUGCACAGUCACCAGCAUGAGGCUCCCCUGACAAGGAAGCAUUUUCAGGUCACUGGCUAUGGAAUAAAUGGAACAGGAGACUCCAAUGACUUCUGGAGGAUUGAGGUGGUGGGCAGAAGGACUGGACAGCUCAUCAAAGUCCUACGCAGCCAGAUCCGGCUAACCCACGUGGCCACAGGCUGUGUAUUGGGAUCUUCUGGAAAGACUCUGCCAAAAUGGGGCUGGGAACAAGUAGAAGUGACCUGCACACCAUACCUGAAGGAGACACCCAAUUCCCUCUGGAACUUUGAAGAUCAUAUUAACCCUAAAUUGCCCAAUAUCAGCCUGGAUGUUUUGAAGCCUUCAUUUGCAGAAAUUCUGCUAGAAUCCCACAUGGUUAUGAUCCGGGGAAACAGUGGCCUCAAACCAAAGGACAAUGAAGUCACAUCCAAACCUUGGCACUGGCCCAUCAAUUACCAGGGACUGCGUUUUUCUGGUGUCAAUGAGACGGAUUACCGGGUUUAUUUGCUUGGAAACCCGGUGAUUUGGUGGCUGAAUCUGGUCACUAUUGGGUUAUAUCUUCUGAUAACAGUUGCCACUGCAGUGGCACUGAAGAGAGGUGUCCAACUGACAUCUGAACUCAAAGAGCUGUCCAGAGUGGUGCUACGUGCUGGAGGGCAGAUCACACUGGGCUGGCUCCUUCAUUACCUCCCUUUUUUUAUGAUGGGACGAGUUCUCUACUUCCACCACUACUUUCCUGCCAUGCUUUUUUCCAGCAUGCUGACAGGAAUCACCUGGGAUGCACUACUGAAGUUCUGUGCUGGGUUCUUGUCACCCAGCACUACAGCAAGAAAGGUAUAUGGAGGUGGAUUCCUGGCACUGGUUCUGCUCAUCCUGUACAGCUUCUACCUCUUCCAUCCCCUGUCCUAUGGGAUGAUAGGACCCAUGGCCUCCCACCCGAGCAGCCCCAUGGCAGGGCUCCAGUGGAUGGACUCCUGGGAAUUCUAGAGCAAAGGAAGCCUGGGAACAUGGAUCACAAACAUGGGAUCUGCUGCAUGCCAGGCUGAUUCUGGUGCUUUGAGGACAUGACUGUAAAAGGCCUCUCUGGAGGACUCUGGGUAUUGUAACCCUGUUGCUUUGGCAUUUGUUUGCACUGCCUGCAUUGGAAGAUGCAGAGGAUGACAAGGUCCCCUUAAAUUAAAAGACUCAUGUCCUGAAUCCUUAGGUUGUACUAAUGGACAGCUGGCUGCCUGAAUGCCAGUUCCUUGAAGCAGUAUGUGUCAGUCCAACAGCAGUGGCAUUCCAGCAGCCAGACCAGUACAAGUUGGAGGCUGUCUGCAGUUGCAUGUGCACUCUGUGCAUGUGUGUGUCUUCCUUCUUGUGAUCUAGGCACCACUACAGUUUGAAGCACUAUAGGACUUCUAGCAAGAUUAACAACCUUUCUAUGAUGAUGUUUUUGAAAGCUUAUUAUAAGUACCUGGGGACCUUCAUUCUACCUGCCUUGGCUGUCUGAAGGUUUUUUUGUUCUGACCCUGGAUUUUUAAAAUUUGACUGAAAUUUGUCUGUUUGAAAUCUCCUGAGCCAUUGUGCCUUGCCUAUCUCCCAGGCCCAUUGCAGAGAUGGAAAUUGUUUAUUCCUAUGUACUGCCUUUCUCUCUGGUCACCUUUAAUCAGUUCUACAACUCACCUAGCAGGCCUGUUUUCAGGGCCAGACUGUUCCAGCUCAGCUCUUUGUAGCUUCUUUCAGUUCUGUCUGAAGGUGCCAAGGAAAUUACAGUAGAAAUGACAGGUGGUUUAUUUUCAGUCCCAGUAUGCUGUGGAGACCAGCAUGAGGAUGUACUGGAGACUGUAAUGAUAGCUUGGAAACCUUACAGACAGCUGUCAUUCAGUUUUUGUUCCCAGCUAUUUCAGUGCCAGUGCCUGUGCUUUCAGGGGAAGGCUGCAUCUCAAUGCAUGUGGCAUCUGCAAAACAGGCUACUGGUGCCAAAGUAUCUGCUCAGUGUUCCCAAAUUGAACAAGUUCCUUCUCUAGACUACUGAACAUCAAAUUACAAGGAAAUGUGAGGCCAGGCAAAAAUUCUUUGUCUGUGAAGUGUCAAGAGCCAUUGAAUGUCAAAUCCACCCCUUCCAAGAAAGUGGAAUUUGAUUUUUCAGGUGCCUUUGUGCUGUGUUAGAUCUAUUUCUGUCUGUGUUUCUUUUAUUCCAUUUCCUACUUUUUAUCCAAUGUCAAUUUCUUGUCACAGUUCAAGUUGCUACCUUGUAGUAUCCAACGGAAAUGGCACUUAGAUCACAGCUGUAUUCCUGUCUCAGGAAAUAAUUGAAAAACUCUUUUAUGUAUGUUUCAAUGAACUCAUGCCUUUCAUUUCAGAGUUCUUGCUUUGCUUCACAUCCUUGCAUCAAAAUUACAGGUAGAGGGAGAGUAAGAGGUGGGUGUGUCUGCCUUUAAAAAUGGACUGUGCAUUUAUUUCUCUUACCAAAUCUGGGAUUCCAAUGCAUUUCCUACCACAUGGAUGGCCUGCAUUAGCACAGUUGUUCUAUGUGGGGGACUAGACUCCAGUCAGACUUGCUUUGGGAUCUCUCUAGUAGAGAUCCACAGCAUUGUUCAGCAAGGCAGCUGCUUUGUAAGGCUCUGGCUUGGUGUGUCACAUUACUCCUAGAGAUACUAGCUCAGGUGGGAUGGACCUGUGCUUUUGAUUCUCAAGGUUUUGAGUUGAUCACGUGCUACUUAUACAUGGUGGGAAGCCAUUGCAAUAAUUAGCUCCUGGGUUUGAUGAUUUUUUCCACUUGUUAUUGCAGGAAGUGCUACCUGCAUGAGCCAGGAAUUCACAGAGGUGAUAUAUAGGCAAGAAGGAUGUGGGAGAAGGCUGCAAACUUCUUCAGAACCUGCCAGAUGUGACAGCAGCAGCAAAUUGUUAACUGUUGGCAAUGUGGAAGGCAGACAGCGCAGUGCUGCCUUGUAACAAUGUGAUCCACCAAUCUCUUGGUGAGAUUAUUGACAUAAUAUAUUGCUGUCCUCAAUAUGAGCUUUCCCUAAGGGAAUCCCAUUGUCAUGGGGAGGAUUUGCCAGAAGAGCUGGCAAAAGCUAUGAUUUAAAGUGCAUUUUCUUCCAGCACAUACAAUUACACACUUCCCCUUAGCAUUAGCAACAAAAAAAAAAAAAAUCUAAGAAGCUUGUGUUUUGGAAUUACUGUUUGUAACACCUUUAUUCAUCAUAUUAAACCUUGGGAGUGCAAAAAUUGAGUCAAUAACCUUGGUUUCUUCAGUUAUUAUUAAGGGGUCAGUUUUGUAGGAGUUGCCUGAGGAAGAUGAACUAGUCUGUUUCUUGGCUAGAAUUCUUCCAUCCUUUAUUAGUAAUAAUCUUUUGGAUGUGGAUUGGCAGCUGAGUGCUGAAGGUGGCAAAUUUAGUGCUCUCAUCCCACUUUCCUAUGCACAAAUCCAGCUUCUCUUUCAACACAGACAAAAGGUUUAUUUUUCUUCAGGAUUGUCACAUCAGAAAGUUUCUUGAGAGCAUUUGAUUGACAUUGAGACUGUUUCUUAGGUCUUGUGUGCUGGUAAGUGGUUGGAGGCAUACAGUGAAGAAAAAUCUAGCUAUUCCACAAGAGGGAGCAAGUUCAGCAGAAUUUUUAUUUUUGAUCUGGAGUUUAAAGGAUGGAAAAGUCUACACUGAAGACUAGAGGGCAGACAUUUCCUCUGCACUCUCUGGACUCCAAGGGUUGGGUUUUCAAGUAAGUGUACAUUGAUGUAGCUCUGUCUUCUUUCAGGAGAAAAAUUACUCCCGUUGGAAUUUGACCUUCAGUAUUUGCUUCUUAAAACAAAAUCUGUCAUUGGGCCAUUACUGAAACAUAAUAGUAACUGAUAUUUUAUGAGGUCAGUAAAAUACAAUAAUUUGGACUCCCUUCCUGACUCUGUCUUGAAAUAUCUAAGUGGUACAGACAUGAGGCAAUGGGUGCAAGGCACUCUUUGUUUUUGGAUGGAAUUUGGUCUGCUUUGGCUCAGUUUUACCCGUUGUGCUUGUGGAAUGAGUUCAGGUUCUUUUUGAGAGCUGCUCAUUAGUCCUCUUCUCCAGUCACAUGGAAAUAGCUAACGGUGCUUUCUGGGGCCAGAGGUGCUGUGCUCUGGAGCAGCUGCUCUCUUUGAGCCCUGCUUGACAGGUCUCCUUUUAUCACUGACAAAGUAUUUCAUCAAACUGUAUCCAUGGAUUCAAAUCACAAAAAGCUGCAGGCUGCCACGUUCCCUGCUUCAAAUUCUUUUUUGUGUGUAAACUAUUUUCAGCUCUUCAGUCUCUGAAGAAUAGAUAGAGGGCCUCUGGGCUCAUCUAGCUUUAUCCUAGGCAAUCCAUCCAUCUUAAAAGGUUUCUGCUAACAGUUGCUUCAGGACAUCGAUAGGCACACAUCUAUUCCAGCAACAGGGCCUGGCCUAUUUCCAGGAACUGGACCACUCAUGA